GUCAAAAAUAGAGUACUUCUUACGAACUAUGAGUUAGAUUAGACAGUUGCUUAUAAAUCAGUCGAUAAAUAGUUGGCAUCCCAAAAUGCCCUCUGGCACCUAGCCUCACCUGUCCGCAAAGUCAGAUGUUCCAUAACUGUCCUAGAAGAGAGCUGUUCAAGAUGCAACGACCUGUAAGCGCCCUCCUGGCAGUGGGCGUGUUGCUAUGCGUAGGCGUGGGAUUGACAUGGGCUUGCAACGAGGUGGUAUGUGCCAGCAUCGUCAGCAAAUGCAUGCUGACACAAGCGUGCAAGUGUGACCUCAUGCAUCAUCCCAACAACAACUGCACUUGUUGCAACGAUUGCUCGAAGUGCCUAGGUUACCUCUACCAGGAAUGUUGCUCGUGUCUGGGCAUGUGCGAGCCGCGAGAGCACGACUCUGAGCUGAAGGACUCCCAAGUGGGCGACAUCCCCGAGCCGUUCCCCCAGCUCUUCAAGGCGCUCACGGACGAGAAGGAUCUGCUGCUUAGGUGGACCUCUAUCACAUUCCCCAUCGACGUCAGCGUCAGUGACAUUGAGGACGCAUCGCUCGACCGAAGCAAGUACAAGCUGGUUUCGCAUCCGCAGGACACCGUACCUGCCGACCAAGUCACAGUCAAUUGCACGGUGCUGUAUAUGGCCCAGUGCAUGUCGGGCAGAAAAUGCAGGUCCUCGUGCGAGUCCACGGGAGCCUCGGCCUACCGAUGGUUCUUCGACGGAUGCUGCGAGUGCGUCGGAAGUCGUUGCAUCAACUACGGUGUUGACGAAAGCAGGUGCAUCGACUGUCCCAGGGUGGACGAUUUCGACGACGAGUUAACUGACCGCAUCCUCUCUGGGUCGAUAGCUCCUCCAGCGGACGAGUCGGCUCUCCAAUCCGACAUCCUCUUUGAAGACGGCCCGACGAACUAAGGGGCUCUUUCGUUUGGCCGACUUGCUUACAUUUCAAGGUCGUCUUGCCUCUAGAAGCAGUCCCUCCCCUCCAUUUUAUUUUUUUUCUCUCUUUUUUUGGCGAGGAUGACAUUUCUGCUUGAAAUUAUCUCCAUAACUUUGAGUUAGGGGGCUCCUGUAAUCACAAUUAUGAAUCUUAUUAAUUUUUCCGGUGUAUGGAAGUAAUAGAUAACACUUCACAAGUGCCAAAUAAUGUUAGGGAUUAUUACUCAGUCAUUGUUAACAUUUAAGAGAAAGUACUUAAUGUUUUUAUAAUUAGAUUUUAUUAAGACGUGUGACAAAUGCAGUAUUUCCCGGUGACCUUGUCAAGAGUAAAAGAUCUCAGAUUUGCAUAGCAUAUUUCGUACUGUAUGUAUACAUUAGGAAGAUUAGUCGAUUACGUUUUACUUCUCUCAUAUUGUCCUGUUUUUUUCUCUUUUUUAUCUUUUUUCUUCUUUUUAUGUCAUUAUUCGGAUGCCUGAAUAUAUUGCAUCAACAUUCCAAAACCAUGUUGCCCUCCCUGUAUGAAUAGAUGAAUAAAUACAUAAAUAGAAUAAAAGAAAGGUAGAUUAA